GUGGCAGCUGCGCUGCUCCCGUCCCCGGAGCAUGCGCGAGAGCAGCCGCGGAGACCCCCGCCGCCCCGCCCGCGGCGCCCCGCGCCCCGCCGCCAGCGCACCCCCGGACGCUAUGGCCCACCCCUCCGGCCGGCCCCGCGUGUAGGAUGGUAGCACACAACCAGGUGGCAGCCGACAAUGCAAUCUCCACGGCAGCAGAGCCCCGACGGCGGCCAGAGCCCUCCUCCUCCUCCUCCUCCUCGCCCGCGGCCCCGGCGCGCCCGCGGCCCUGCCCGGCGGCCCCGGCUGCGACCCCGGGCGACACGCACUUCCGCACGUUCCGCUCGCACGCCGAGUACCGGCGCAUCACCCGAGCCAGCGCGCUCCUGGACGCCUGCGGCUUCUACUGGGGACCCCUGAGCGUGCACGGGGCGCACGAGCGGCUGCGUGCCGAGCCCGUGGGCACCUUUCUGGUGCGCGACAGCCGCCAGCGGAACUGCUUCUUCGCGCUCAGCGUGAAGAUGGCCUCGGGCCCCACGAGUAUCCGCGUGCACUUCCAGGCCGGCCGCUUCCACCUGGACGGCAGCCGCGAGAGCUUCGACUGCCUCUUCGAGCUGCUGGAGCACUACGUGGCGGCGCCGCGCUGCAUGCUGGGGGCCCCGCUGCGCCAGCGCCGCGUGCGGCCGCUGCAGGAGCUGUGCCGCCAGCGCAUCGUGGCCACCGUGGGCCGCGAGAACCUGGCGCGCAUCCCCCUCAACCCCGUCCUCCGCGACUACCUGAGCUCCUUCCCCUUCCAGAUCUGACCGGCCGCGCACGCAGCAUUAACUGGGGCGCCUCGUUACUUUCUAAUAUUAAUUAUUAUUUACCCGGGACCACGUGGGCGCCCUCCCCGCCUGGGUUGGAGGGAGCGGGGGUAGGGGCGAGGCGCCUCCUGACCUGGGCUGGAGACAAGGCCACAGACCCCUCCCCACCUCUUGUGGGGGUGCCCCCUCCUGGUGCUCCCUCUGGGUCCCCCUGGUUGUUGUAGCAGCUUAACUUAUGGAGCCAGAACCUGAACUCGUACCUCCUACCUCUUCAUGUUUACAUAUACCCAGUAUCUUUGCACAAACCAGGGUUGGGGGAGGGUCUCUGGCUUUAUUUUUCUGCUGUGCAGAAUCCUAUUUUAUAUUUUUUACCACCAGUUUAGGUAAUAAACU